UGUGGGAAUUGGGAACUCUCCCACAAAAGGAACUGGAGGUGUCUAAUACAGCAGGCCAAGAUGGUUGAAUACAUUAUUUAGCAGAAUAAAUUUGCCUACAGAUUUAUUCAACUUGCUCCGACAGAAGAAACAUUGGCAAACAGAAAGUACAAAAUGGCACGGGUUCCUGGAACAAAUGCUUGGAUAGAAGAGUUUAACUACAUUACGGGAGAAGAAUUAUCAGAACCAUGGAGUUUGAAUUUCAAUUACCAAAUUGAAAAUGAACUAAAUGAUUGGCAAAGAAAAGAUGGUUGGAAGAUUUACAAAACAUCAGCAUUUGGCAGAUUUUAUUGUCGCUGUUCAAAUUCAUGGCCUUCAGCUCGUGUCAGUAUUCUGUUUCAUUACCGACGGAGACGGGGACGUGGAUUAGUUUUGCUUCGUCCCUUCGGACAGCAAUGCCGAGAAUGCACGAACCACCAAUGGCUAAAACCACAGGUUGAUCCCGCCCAAAUGCAUGAAGUGUUUGAGAGGCUUAUAGCAAAAAUCCGCAAAAAUUGCUACAAUAAUCCUGACGUAGUAGUUAGAAAGAGAUCUCUGGUGCCACGGAAGACGAGACCUCAUGAAACGGAUCUCUGUGAAGCCUGUCAUUUGGGUAUCUGCGAUAGAAUAUUUGAUGCCACGGAGAAUGAGACUUGAUGAAACAGAUCUCUGUGAAGGUGUCGAUUGGGUAUCGGCAGCUUGCAAAUUAAUGAUGCUAGUAAAAUAAUCUCUGCAAGUAAGCUUAGGGUAGAAAUUUGACUUUGUCCAACAGGUAAUAUACCAAAAUAUAAUUAAAAUUAAAUGGUAAUGUAUUGUUUAAGUAACAAUAAAAGGAAUAAUUAUAUAACUACCAGCAAAAGAUCCUCCAAAGACACUGCACCCCUCAGCACAAGAAAACCACGUUUUUUUUUCCCUUUCUGCUUUUUUUUCUGCAUUUAGCAAUCUGAAAAUAUUUUAGUAAAAUUACUUUCAGUAGGAAUGGUCCAGCCAACAAACUAAAUCUUAAUUACAUUAGAGAGUGGGAAGCCAAUGGAUUCUUACUGUACUGUAGGCACAUUGGACUGAAACAAGAUCCAAUGUAUCAUUACUUACACUUAAUUAACUUAAAAUGCAUACCUUUCAACUCCUCUGGAAAUGAAAGAAUUACUCGGACAUUUUGACGACAUUUAGGAACUGACCAGAUUGUGCAACCGGUCAGAGGCCAGUCUGGCAUUAAUCGUUUGCUUCGUAGACAUUGAUUGGAAGGCAGUGUCUUGUGUGCUGCCAUUGAUAAGUUGAUAAUGGCUUGAAGCUCUGCCUCUGAGCUUACACAAUUGCAAACACCAUCUGUGCACUGCGGUUCACUGCUGAGUUGGGGGCAACCUUGGUUAUGGAGUGGAGACAAAAUAGGUUGAAUAGUUUCCCAUUGCUCCUCAGAAAAAGUGUACCAUUUUCAGUAUUUCAGGAGCACGAGCUUUGGCUCACUUGAGAAAUGUACAAAUGCAGAUCAGGGUCUCAGACAUGACACAGAUCUCAUGGUCUAUGAGACAGCAGUGACCCCUAAUCUUCUAUGUGCUUCUGAAAUUUGAACUGCCUACAGUGCACAGAUUAUCGCAACUACUGUUAUUGCCUUUUCGAUGUGAUUUCUGCUAAUAUUACCUAUAACUGAAUCGGGGACAGAACAGAAUCAUCUGCAGCUGAAAACAAGACUUUGCUUCAACAAUGCACACAAAAUGCUGGACGAAUUCAGCAGAUUUCCAGCAUAUGCAGAAUUUCUCGUGCUUAACACUUUGCUUAAAACAGAGCUGAAACAAUACAGUCACAAAUUUGUUUCGGCUUUUGAACUUCAAUGCCUGCUUUAUCAAUGAUCGAAAAGGAGAUAAUGUCCUGAAAUUAAAAAAAAUUUCAA